GUCAUGUCAUUGUGAUUGUCAAUUUUAAAAAAAAAUGUCAUAAAAUAGGCCUACAUACAAUCGUACAUCAUUCAUGCAUGUCACAUAAAUCAUGCAUUCCCGAUUCAUGCAUGAAGAAUGACAUCACAUGAUGCCUGAACUUCAAAUCGACAUAUGGUGCAAGCAUACUCUACUGUGUCUGCCUGGUCUACUCUCGCCAAUGCAUGCUGACAUAAGAGUGUUCGUGAAGACAAUGGGAACUUGAUUUUGAUCAAUCUGACAAAAAACUGUGAUGCAUCAAUUUUCAACCGAGACCGCUCCACUUGCUGAUGAACUUUGUCAGGAGAUCCUCGCCACACGAUCUGUCCUUGGCCUGCCCUGCCCAUGUGGAGAUCAUGAGAGGCGUCCAUCCCCCGGUGGAGGUCAUCAUCUUGUCCUUACAGCGACUAUGGAUUCCAUCUCUUCAGUUGACAAAGCUCUAGAAACCGCAGAUGUUGCCAUGGACAUCACUGAUGCCAUUGGUUCAGGUAUCGAUACUUCUAUGGGAACUGCAGAUGAAUGUGCCCAAAAUAAUGAGCAGCGAAAUGAGAGAAUGCGAGACAUCCCAGAGAAUCUAAUGGAGUCUUGCAUAUGUUUCAAAGAUAUCUUACACUCAGACUUUGAUGAAGAUGCAAUUUUGCCAUAUAUGGGAUUAUUCAACGAUAAGAAUGGUUCGUCUUCAAAUGACCACGUAGAAAAGAUAUGCCAACUCUUGGAAUUAGACAAAUUACCAUUAGAGGGAUCCACAAAACUUGGUCAAACGUAUCUCCAGUGUGUUCAAAGUGUCCGCUAUAAUCAAUGUGUCUCUUUCACCAGGAGCUGCUUACUUCCUAAGGUGAUGGAAUCUUGUCAAAAUCUUCCCCAGAAUUUCACUAACUUGGUUCAGUCAUUCCUCCGUAAACACCAGUCUUCUACCAUGGAUGGGUUAUACCAAGCCAUGUUUCAGCAUGAACAAUUUGAAUCUCCUCAAGCUGACCUUGUUGUCAAGACAAUGAAAGAUGAGCCAAUUUUAGUCAAGCAUCAAUUACUUUGCCAGAUUACUUCUCUCCAGACACCAUGGACGAAAGCCCAUAUUGUGGUCCUCGAAAAUCUGAUCAAGACAAAGGUGAAGAUUGAGAUUGACAACCAGUUAGUUCAUAAUAUGUGUCGCCUGAUGGAAGUUUCCUCCCACGAAAUGAAAAACAACCUCAAGUUUGGCAAACUAGUCUUGGAAGUCAUCAGCAAAUAUGGCAAACAGCUUUCUAGCGACGGCAUUGAUCUCCUCAAUUCUGCAAUGGUUCCACAUACGACGUUCAUGAAGAAGUCUGUCGAUGCUGCUCUGAAGAAACUGAUACAGUGAGCAAGGCAGAAGAAGGCCGCAGUAUCUAAGUUGCGAGCAAUCUUUCCUCUGGUUAUUGCAAGAUUUUGCAGAUACAGAUAUUUCUUAUAUUGCUGGCAUAUGUAGUGGCACAUGUAUCAUGUGAAUGUUUGAUGGAAGACUGAUCAGAUCAAUAAAGUGAUGACAAGGUUUGACUGGUAUUAUGUGCAA